AUGGCGUCAUCCGGUCUCGGGAGAGGCUCCCUUCUCCUAGCCUUUUGCCUUCUUCUGGUGCUGCUGCCGGGUCGCGCCGCAGCUUUCGGCGCCGGCAAUAUCCCAUCAAUUGCCCAGGUUGAGGGCCACAAUUGGCGCCAUGGAGAUAUCGAGGAUAUGCUCAAGACCAUUGCCUUCUUGAAGGGCAAGAAGUGGACCUCCAUGUUGGUCUCUAGGGUCUAUUUCGGCAAUUGGCUUCGUGACUACUCUCAGGCAGUUGACGUGGGUAGCUUGAAAGGAGUGAAUGCUGCUACAAUCAGAAUUCUGGUAUGGGUGCUCUCAUUCAUGGCCUUCGGCUAUGCGACGGAAGAAUUCGAGGUUACAGAGGAGCGUCUAGGUGUCUACCGACCCGAAGAACAUAUCGAUAAUCCCCUUGGAUACGCAGAUGGCAUGGAUGCGCGCAAGUUUGAUCCUCGUCUACGAGGACCCGUUGACCCUGUCGAGACAAAAAUAGAUCCUCGCACUGGUAUGAAGAAUUACAUCGCCAACGAAUCCGGUGGUUGGGCGACUAGUGCUGGCUACUUGCGCUUCAGUUUUGCUCGUAGCAUUCACUUUGGUCGUGUCUACACAAGUGGCUCGCGUGGUUCGGGCAAAGAGGAAGAUCUGUGUGAGGCACUACGCUGCCUCGGCCAAGCCCUUCACUGCAUGGAGGAUUUUAGCGCUCAUAGCAACUAUUGCGAACUAGCGCUCCGAGAACUCGGUUAUCGUGAGGUCUAUCCUCAUUGUGGAGCUGCUACCGAAAUCGACCUUCAAGGCCGGCGAGUCUUCCCCUUAGUCACCGGAACCUUCGGUGCUGUAGACUUCUUACACUCCGUCCUUGGCGAGGCUACGGACCAUUUCACCCAGUCCGAGGUCGAUGAGAUGAACGUCGCACUUCAAAAUGCCGAAGGUUUGACUGGAGGCUUAGGAGGUGGUUCAUCUGGAGGUUCUUCUGGGGGCUUCCCAGGACUCGGCAGCUUGAGCAACCUCACUGGCCUCGGCGGCGGAAGUGGAUCUCGCGGGCUCUUUGGUCUCAGCUCCAGUUCGUCUUCUUCAAAUAAGUCGAAUGACUUCAUCUCUCUUGUUGACCAGCUCCCCGGUAUUGGUGGCGGCUUGGCUAAACAGGCGAAGGAACUGCAGGCUCGCUCGGCUGCACAAGAGCAGGAAAAUGAGCGUUAUGGCGGCUACUCUAACAGUCGCGGUGACCUCUCUCGCGACAAUGCGAACCAGGUACCUGGCAUGAGCCCCGACUUUGACCCUGUCAAGACAGCUGGUCAGAUCUAUCCUAUACUGCAAUUUCGAGACAAGAUCGUCAAAUCCAUCAGCAACCUCAUUUCUAAAGUUCCUGGUUUGGAGAAGCUCUUGGAUCAUAUUAGUGAAACACUAACGGCAUUUAUUCUGGGACUACUGGCACCUUUCGUCAGGCCUAUUAUUAACCAAGUUUCAAAGAUCCUCAAGGACGGCUCUUCAACUGUUAUUACCGCCAGCUCCAACUCGCAGCUUGAGCCUUGGAAAAAUCCUAGCUGCGAUGACCCCACUCAUUCCAUGCUUUCCAAGGAUCACUUCACCAAUAUUCUAAACUCGUGUGCUGGUCGAGUUGCCGCGACAAUUCUCCAAUACGUCGUCCCACGAGUUCUCUAUGCGUGGGAGAACCCUGGUGUGCCCAUCGACGAAGUUGUUAAUGAUGUUCUCCGAGCCUUCCACCACCCAGCAAUCCGCGAUGAAAGGGUUGAGAUUCAGCGGACAAUGUUUGAGACGGUCAGGAAGUGGGUUGAUGAGAGUUCACACAAGCAUGAGUUAUCCCAUCUCCUGUCUUCUGAAUCGGUCAAAGCUGGCAAAAAUCAUAUCCUCAGCGGCGAGGCAUCCAGAGGCCAUAGUGGCCCGGGCCAUUCUCAUGGCGCCUGGGACAGCUUCGGGGAACUAGGACACGGUAAAGUGCAGGGUUCCCUCUGGAGCCAGAUUCGGACAAGAGAUCUCAACUCUAUGGAGGGUGACGACACGAAGCCUUUAUCCAGCACUCCUCUUCCCCCGCGGAACACAAAUUACGGCUACGACCAAGACCAGAGAGCGAGCAGCCAGCCCUACCCGAGCGGCGAUUAUGGGUCAUCGCAAGGCCAUGCCUCUGCUUACUACAGUCAACCAGAUCCCCAAGGCUACGGUCACCAGCAGCCGCCUCCCCCGCAUCAAGGGCAAUGGGGCCCUCCCCAGCCGCCACAAGGCUAUGGCGGUCCUGGGUACGGCGGACCGCCGCCGGGCCAAUACCCUCCUCACCAUCAACCGCCUCCCCAUCAUCACCAGCAGGGCGGCUGGGGACAGUACCCCGGCCAGCACCGGUACUAA